AUAAUUUAAUAUUACGAAAUUUAUUUUUAAUACUUUAAAUGAUCUAGUUUCUAAAGAUGGCCGCGUCCUUGUAAUGGGUAUUCUAAAGCACAAUAUUGCAAACUAAGUUGCAAUCACUGCAUGAAAAGAUUUACUAAGCUCUAUUUUUAAAAACAUACACGCAGGUCUAGAUUUAGAUCUAGACUAGAUUCUAACAAUAAAAAUCAAUAUGAAUUCCGUUUUAUCAAACAUUGCAUCACUUAGCGCAACUAAGUUCUCGAGCAUCACCAGUAAGCUCUGCAAAAGUCUUCUACAGAUAUCUCCUAUCAAUAGUCACACAACAACUGCAGUCAACACAGUUGUUCCAGCUCGGGGCAAGUGCUUUGAGCAUCAUUUCCUUAACAGAUGGAUGAUCAGGGACUACAAAAGGAGAUUGCUGGUGCAAGAGCAUUCCGCUGUUCGUCAACGCUUAGUGGCUAUAAAAAGGUGCUCAGUACUGCCUAAAGAAAUUCAGGAAGUUGCUUCUCAGGAAAUUGCUGCACUUCCCAGAGAUGCACAUCCCUCAAGGCUAAGAAAUCGCUGCAUAUUGACCUCUCGACCCCGGUGGGUCAUCUGGAGGUUUAGGUUGAGCAGAAUUCAGUGGAGAUUAUUAGCAGACUAUAAUAAAAUGAGUGGUGUACUUCGAGCUUGCUGGUAACUGCUUCAUCUGAAGUGAAUGUGUUAUUAACAUUUCUAAGAACAUUUUAUUUUAUUGUUAGAAUUAUGUAUUUAAUAAAUAAAGAGGUGGUCUUAUUUUUUAACAAAA